GUGGCCGGUACCGUGGCGUGGCCAUGGUCCGGGCCUUCGUGCUGCUGGCGCCGGGCGGGCCCGCCGGCCACACCCCCUGCCGCGUGCUGUACGCGCGCACCUUCGGGACCCCCCCCGASACCGCCCCCGGGGGGCCCCGGCAGCGCCUUCGCCGCAAGGAGCAGCUGCUGGUCGUGGCCAGGCAAGUGGCCUCCCAGUGCCAGCUGCUUCACUCAUCCUUGGGACGCCCAGCCUCCCCACAAAUCCCCCAGCUCCCUGAUGAGCCGAUGUCACUCCAAGAUGCCCCAGGGGGUCUUUUCCAGAUGGCCCCCGGAGACCCAUUCCCUGAGCRGGUGACAGUAGUCUGGUUAUCAGUGCUGACCCUCGCCUUCGCCUUGGUUUGUGAACCCCAAGAGAAUCUAUCAUUGGCUGAGAUCACCCUGCGGCGCCUGGCUCCCCGCCUGCUCCUGUCCCUGCGCCUCCUCGGCCCUGGGGCUGAUGUUUUGCUCCGUCCUGAUGCUGCCGAUGGCCUCCUGGAUCGUCUCCUGCCCCAUGGGCAGAUGCUUUUCCUCAAUGAACAUUUCCUYCAGGCGAUGGACCGGGAGCUGGGCAUCAAAGUGUCCCGCUGAGCUACACAUGACAUUCCUGCCCACCACACCCAGAUACUUUUUGGGGAUGAGAGACAAGGGAGGGAUCUGAGAUGGUCUCCAAGCCCUACCGGAAUGGAUGAGAAAAGUAGCUCCGGAAUAACGAGSAAUGUGCCAGCUAAGAGCAGGGGUUUGAUCCAUUUAUCCCCUGAUGCUGUCAUGAGAGAGUUAAUAGCCKCCCCAUAAAUCCACCUGGAGCUGGGACAGUGCCAUGUUCCUGUGCCAUUUUCCUGCACCACAUUACUGCACCAGUCCAUGUGCAUGUGACAGCAAGUGGAGGCUCUGUGUGGACAUGAAKGGACCUAAAAGAGUGACCCUGGGUUACCCUGGCUGGGCAUUGUGGGGCAGGCAGGGCGUCCCCGCCUAUGGCUCUGGGAUGGGACCUCACUAGGGGACACAGGGAAACCAGGGGUGUGCAACCAACCCCGCAGCAUUGGGGUCUCUGUGUGGGGGCUUAAAUAAACAGGCAGUGAGGCAGGAUGUGGCCAUGUGCCUGGCACAGCAGGGUGAGCUCUGCUUAGGGCCAGGGGACCCAUGUGACACCCUGGGAGGGGACAGGAACUGGCACCUACCCAGCUCUGCAGGGUGCAGUGGGGAGCAGAGCCCUACCUUUGCAGUUUCUGGGUGCUGGGAGAAAGGAUCUGGCAUGCAGGACUCUUCCGCCAGUGUGCCGGGAACAGGCUGGGCACUGCCAGGCCCUGGAGAGGAGCUGUCACAGGGCCAGACCUCGAAGURCUUCCCCUCUUAACUGCACCUGUAAACCUGGCGCACCUGAAGAGGGGUGCUGGGCACUGACUGCGCUUUAGCCAUUAUGGGGGUUCUCACUGUGUGCUGGAGGUGUGGGGGUGAUGGUGCCCACUGUGGCAUCCCAGCCUUAAUGGGAAGGGAGCACCAAAUCUCAGCAGCAAAUGCAGCAUUUUCAGCUUCCCAUGCAGUAGCAGCUGUCAUAUACUGCACCCACAGCUGGGCUUGAAUACAACCCAGAGCCAAAGAGACAUUAAAUUGGAGUGUUCCAAUGGUGUUAGCAAUUAACUGUUGCUGAAAACCAACUGUAAUCUGCAUGUAUACAACAGGGCRAUGUGGGGAGAGAGGCAGAGCCCACCGCAAAACCAUCCCAGGCCCCAACUGCUGGCACUUUGAACCUCCUUCACGUCCUCCAUGCUCCAUAACUGAGCUGGCUUUCGUUAACCAUUACAGCUUGGGCGUGGCAGGAGGGCGGUGAUGCCAGGGCUCCUGGGCACCAGAGCACACGGAGCCCUGACAGGUAUGGCUGCACCASUGACAGGGGCCCUGAGUGUCAGAGCCUUCCCUGCAGCUCCACAACCCUGUGGCACUCACUAAAAGGGCUGUAGCUGGGGGAGAAGUSAAGAAAAUGGAAGGAGAGGUGAUGCUGGGCUCCAUUCCCAACCUCUCGUGGCUUGGGAUUAGUGCAUGGCCUGCAUCCACGUUAUCAGAGUGGCAUCCUGCCAAGGACCAGGGCAUGCCCCUAUGGCACUGGCARUACCUCUGCCACGUGUGAUCUGGGCUGGACUUUGCCUGAUGAGGCUCUGCYCUGGRCACAGUCCUGCCACAGGACCCAGCCUUGGGUUGCAGAGGGUGCCAGCAGGGAARACAGCCAGUGCUGUGUGGACGCGCUGUCAGCCAUGGAGCAGGAAGAUGGGAUGAGGCAGGAGCUGGGCAGCCUCCAUGGCAUGCCUCUCUUCAAGGC